AUGUCAGCAACAGCAAUUACAACACAAGUAAACACGAAGGGAAAAUACCCUCCUUAUGCUUACACACAGACGGAGGAUCGUCAGCUUCCAUUGGCCAAUCCCAAGAUGCCUCCUUUGUUUGAUGAGCCUACUACACUCCAGAACUUUGCCAGCCAUGUCAACUGGUUUCAAUCUAUCCUCCUGAUUUCAACUCCUCUUUUGGGUAUCUACCUUGCCUCCAAGACUGAAUUGCAAACAAAGACAUUGUACUGGGCAAUCAUUUACUAUUUGAUCACUGGUUUGGGUAUCACUGCCGGCUACCAUCGUUAUUGGUCUCAUAGAUCCUACGAUUGCACCUUGCCUACUCGCAUUGCUCUUUGCUUGGCUGGUUCAGGUGCGUUCCAAGGUUCUAUUCAUUGGUGGUCUCGUGGACAUCGCGCUCAUCAUCGUUGGACUGAUUCUGACAAGGAUCCUUAUGCUGCUCCUCGUGGUUUCUUCUUUUCUCAUAUUGGCUGGAUGUUGAUCAACAGACCCAAGAACAGAAUUGGCUAUGCUGAUACUGCUGAUCUCAAGGCUGAUCCUCUUGUUCGUUUCCAACAUAAAAACUACAUCUAUUUCGCUGUCUUCAUGGCCUUUGCUUUCCCUACUUUAGUCGCUGGUCUCUUGUGGGGUGAUUGGAAGGGCGGCUUCGUCUUUGCUGGUCUUUGUCGUCUUGUUGCCAUCCAUCAUGCUACCUUCUGUGUCAACAGUCUUGCGCAUUACAUUGGUGAUACUCCCUAUGAUGACUACCACACUCCCAAAGAUUCCUGGAUCACUGCUAUUGUUACUUGUGGUGAAGGCUAUCACAAUUUCCAUCAUGAAUUCCCUCAAGAUUACCGUAAUGCUAUUCUCUGGCAUCAAUAUGAUCCUACAAAGUGGCUCAUUAGAGGCCUGAGUUUCAUUGGUCAAACGUACAACUUGAAAACUUUCUCUGCCAACGAGAUUCAAAAGGGCAAGGUUCAAAUGAUGGAGAAGAAGGCUGAUGAAAUCAAGCAAACACUUAGCUUUGGUAAGACUCUUGCUGAACUGCCUGUUUAUACGAUGGAGGAAUUCCAAGCCAAGGUGAAUAGCGAAGAUAAGAAGUGGGUUCUUUUGGACGGUAUCAUGUACGAUGUUGAGAACUUUGAUCACCCUGGUGGAGCCAAGUAUCUUAAUGCUGGUAUUGGUAAGAAUAUGACCAAGUCCUUCAAUGGCGGUAUCUACAACCAUUCCAACGGUGCUCGUAAUUUGCUCUCCAGUAUGCGUGUUGGUGUGCUCAAGGGCGCUAUUGACAUGAAUCGCAAUUUCACAAAGACUGAGGUCUGUCAAGAAACGUGUGCUGAAUAUGACGGUACUCUCGAGCCUGAAAAAAACAAGACUAAGUGA